UAGCAACCUUAACCAGCGAUGCGGCUCGCUAGCAAUUAAACCAUCUGUCAUUCUAGAGUAGAUAGAGAAGUUUCGGGUUCGACCACUGGAAGACAAUAGUUGAUUCUUACUAUUUAUAAUCAUAGAAGAAAUGGGUGACUCAAAAACAGACGAUUCAAAAGCGACAGAAAACAACACAACCGAAAAUGCUGAAGAAUCGUCUGCUCCACCACCUAAGGAGAUGCGGGCCAUCGUGCUGUCGGGAUUCGGAGGCUUAAAAGCGGUCAAAGUCAUGAAAAAGCCGGAGCCGUCACCGGCCGAGGGUGAAGUGUUGAUUAGAGUAAAAGCAUGUGGUUUGAAUUUCUUGGACCUGAUGGCUCGACAGGGGGCAAUCGAUAAUCCCCCGAAAACUCCAUGCGUGAUGGGGUUUGAAUGCGCUGGAACUGUCGAAGCUAUUGGAGAAGGUGUCACAGAAUUUAAGGUAGGAGAUACCGUUGCAGCUUUAACGGAAUACAAAGCAUGGGCAGAACUUGUGUGUGCUCAGGCAAAAUAUGUGUACGCUUUGCCUCCAGGUAUGGGUGCUCAAGAAGCCGUGUCAAUCCUCAUGAAUUACGUGGUUGCCUAUUGUCUAGUAUUUGAUAUUGGAAAUUUACAAAAAGGGCAGAAAGUCAUAAUACACUCAGCAGGCGGGAGUGUG